GGGGCCCGUGUGUAGGCUUUCAGCAUGUAACACAUAUGACAUACGGGAGAGGAGGAGAAGAGAGAUGUGGCGGCGGAGGAGGAGGAGGACAGAUAUAUGGUUGAGGCGGAGGAGGACAGAGAUAUGGCGGCGGUGGCAGAGGAGGAGAGAGAUAGGAAGGAGGACGAGGAGGAGGAAGAGGAGGAGGAGGAGGAGGAAUACAAGGAGGAGGAGGAGGAUGAAGGAGAAGAGGAGGAGGACGAAGGAGAAGAGGAGGAGGACGAAGGAGAAGAGGAGGAGGACGACGAGGAGGAAGAGGACGAGGAGGAGGAUGAUGAGGAGGAGGAGGACGACGACAACGAAGGAGAAGAGGAGGAGGAGGAGGACGACGGUGAAGGAGAAGAGGAGGAGGAGGAGGAGGACGGUGACGAAGGGGUGCCACAUCGCACCUUUUUACGGGACGAGCAGGAUGAGGAGGAGGAAGAACACGAGGAGGAGGAGGAGGACUCGAGGAGGAGAAAGACAAGAAGAGGACGAGGAAGGAGAACAGGUGAAAAGGAGAACUUCAAGGAGGAGAGAGAGAAAUAUGGCCGAGAAGAACGAGGAGGAGAGACUCGGAUAUGGCGGAGAAGGAGGAAAAGGAAGAAGGACAAGAGGUGGAGGAAGAAUAACCGGUGGAAGAGGAGGAGGAGGGGGAGAGAUAUGGAGGAGAAGGAGGAGGAGGAGGAGGAGAUAGAUAUGGCGGAGGAGGAAGAGGAAGAGGAGGAGGAGAAAGAAGAAGGAAAAGAAGAGGAGGAAGGAGGAAGCGAUGGAGGAGUGGAUGAGGAGGAGGAACACGAGGAGGAGGAGGAGGAAUCGAGGAGGAGAAGGACAAGAAGAGGACGAGCAAGGAGAACAUGUGGAAAGGAGAACUUCAAGGAGGAGGGGGGGAGAUAUGGCCGAGAAGGACGAGGAGGAGAGACUCGGAUAUGGCGGAGCAGGAGGAAAAGGAAGAAGGACAAAAGGAGGAGGAAGGAGAACCGGUGGAAGAGGAGGAGGGGGAGAGAUAUGGUGGAGAAGGAGGAGGAGAUAGAUAUGGCGGCAGCGGAGGAGGAGGAGGAGGAAGAGGAGGAGGAGGCGAAAGAAGAAGGAGAAGAACAAGAGGAAGGAGGAGGCGGAGGAGGAGUGGUAGGCAACUGAUCAUAAGAGGUGUGCCACGUGGCA